UUAUUUUGUGUUUUCAUAUGAUUUUGUUUUAACAUCUUUAAAACAUUUCCAUCCAAUUUUUGUUGAAUUUUGCUGAAGUUUUGUGCUAAGAUUAGUAAACUAUGUGUAACCAGAAGAAAUGCUCUAUUUCCCCACUUUCUUUUAUAAUAAGUGAUAAAAUUUGCACAUAAGAAGAUACAAAUGGUCUUUCUCAGCGCAUUGCAUUCCAUUAACUGAAUUAUUCCACUAUUGGCAAUUUACUGAAAUUCAAAUUUGCCACCACUAAAAUUUUUUUUCCACAAAAUUGAAGGAAUUCCAAAUCACUAUAACUGGGAAAAAAUUUAAAUUCCAAAUUAACACAAAAACAUUAUUCUCAAAAUCAUCACAAACAAUGCCACAAAAAGUGUAUAAUGGAUGAGAGCAAGAAGGGUGAUCUCGAUGUAAAUGAAAUUGGAGUCAGAAUAUGCCCAACAUAUGACCCCCACUUGCAAAUUACCAAUCACACAAUAGGUUAGGUAGGUAUAAGCAACUCUGGAGCAGGUGGAAAGAAACCACCUCUUGCGGUUAUAGGACUCCAUGAUGAUGAUGAUGAUGAUGAUGAUAACACUUUAUAUGCAAUGAAUGGGCAAUAUAAAUUUGCAACAUAAUGAGUGGUAAUGAUAAUGAUUUUUUUUAAAAUCAAAAAUUAGUACUGCCCCUUUCCUCAGCACCAAUCCGUCAAGGUAUUUUACUCUAUAGUAAUACAGUGAACACGGCUUAAUGUUGAUCACGUUUGUUCCAGCCCAAUUGGAAAAAAAGUGAAUUUUUUGGACAAUAAUUUUCAAGGUGCUUAUUUGGACAUAGUUUACAAACACAUCAUACCUCUGAAAAGUGCAUCAACAGUCAUUGAAUUAAAAUUUUGUAAAAAUUGCCAGAAAAAGUGUUGAAAAUAGGUUAAAUUAAAAUGUCAAAAAAUUAUAAAAAAGUAUUAAAAAUGAUGUCAAUCAGAAAAAACUUCUGAAAUUUUGGAAAAAUUAGACAAGAACAGUGAAAAAGUGUUGAAAACAUCUUAAAAUUACAUAAGAACACAAAAAGUCCCAUUAAAAUCAGUUGAAAAUGAUAACAUUAUCCAAUGCUCUGAUCACAAUAACUUAUAGAAUUUUAUGUAUGCAAUUAGAUAUAAAAGAUUGGGAGCGAACAAUUUUAAUAACAUUAACAGUGAUAAUAAUAAGCAGCUUUCACUGUAUACUUACUUUCCUAGGCAUUUCAAUAUACUUGAAAAAUGACGCAAAAAAGUACAAAAACCCGUUAAAAGUGUAAGUAUGAUCUUCACGUAAUUUGUACAAAAUUUUGAAAGGAGUUUCAAAAUGAAAAAAAAAUCAAACCAAGAAACCUCGUGGUUGAAAUAUUUUUGCACAUCUAUUUUUCUGUAACAAAGAAAACUGAAUAGGUACAGUAAAAGCUCGUUAUAACACUUUCAGUUACAACGCUGAUUUCCUCCAGUACCUAGACAACCCCAUUUAAACCAAUGUAAAAUUAAUCGCAAUAUAAUGCUCAUCAGUGAUUAUAAUUUUUUGCAACAAAAAAGCGUACUUUCAUGUAAAAAAUUCUCAUUUUCUGAAAAAUUGUGGCCGCAACAACAGUUUUUUUUUGCAAUUUUUGCAGGUUUGAUUAUAAAAAAAGUAAAAAACAACCUUUGAGUAUGAAUAUAAUGAUGAUAUGGAGGGAUAAAAAUGCAGCUUCAGAGGUUCGCCUCUAGAGCAUUCUGAAUGUGGUCAAUCGCAUACCCAAACAUGAGAAUUCAGGUGACAAGGAGUGAAGAGUUUUCACUUCCUUCACUCCUCAUUACCCAAAUCCUCUUGUUUGGGUAUGCAAAUGACCAUGUUCAGAGCGCUCUAGAGGUGAAACCGUACAUAUGCGAAAAACCUGGGUUUUUAUCCCUCCAUAUCAUCAUUAUAUUUUUACUCAAAGAAAACAACUUUUAUGGCAAAAUUUUGCUAAAAAAUCUAUUUUUCAACUUUCAACAGUUUCAGUUCAUACAAACAAGUAAAAUUAUUUUUGAUUUUGGCCAAAAAAAAGUGAGAUUUUUUGAUAAACUUAUCAAACUUUAAUAGUAGCUUGAUUACAAUUCUUACAAAAAAGGCAGGUAAGUACCUAAAGUUUUUACAAAAGAGUAGAGUUCUAGAUUUUUCAUCAUAAUCUUGAGAUGAGGUUCACGUUUCCACUUCUUUUAUUACGCUCUUUUUGCUUUAAAAUGAGAAUUCGCAGUAUUAUGCUCAUCAGCGUUAAAAUGAGACUUUUGCUUAUAACGUGUUUCGGCUUAUAACAGUUUUUUUCCCCGGUCCCUUGAGGAGCGUUAUAACGAGCUUUUACUGUAUUGUCAUACGAAAAAGAUCUGAAAAAACACAAAAUUUGGUUUUUUGGAUUUGAUAGACACCCUGUUCAUGAAUUCUUCGCAUUUUGUAAAUUUUACUCAUCUUGAAUGUUGGAUCUUUUCAAGUACCUGUAAGGAAUUAGCAACCGUGAAAGUAAGUUGAAAAUAAAAUUGGCAACAUGGCAAUUGAUGUGAUUCUGGCUCAUGCGCAAUGUUCUCAUUUGCCAUUAUUUGGUAGGAAAUAUUAGUUGGUAAUGAAUUUAUAAGCAUAUUCUAGGGGUAGGUCGGUUAAAGUCAAAAAUAUUUUCAGAAUUGUUCUCACUGUCACUAGUUUCUGGUUUGAUAAGAGAACCAGUUUCCAUAGUCUUUCCUUUACUGAUGGAAUUACAAAAGAGCCAUUUUAUAUCAUCUUUGUCCUGUGAUUCUGAUAAGAAAACCGGUUUCCAUUAAGUAUCUUUUUCUUUAUUAUACUGAUUUGAUGGUAUUUCAAAAGGGCCAUUUCAUUUCAUUAUCUUUAUCCUGUGAUUUUGAUAAGAAAACCAGUUUCCAUUGUCUUUUCUUCUGUGGGAAUGUUGAUUUGAGUUUAUUUCCAAAGGGCUGUUCUAUCUCAUUGUCAAUUCUUCCAGGGUUUGCCCUGUGAUUAUGAUAAGAAAACCAGUGUCCUCUGUCUUUCUUUAGUAUGCUGAUUUGAGGUAUCUUCUUAUCAGUGUUUCCCAGCUCAACAAAUUUCCUGACUCAUGUGAUUCUUUGAUCUCUCUUCUAACAUCUGCCGUGUUGCCAACUUGUCAGUUCAAUUGAAUUUUAUUUUUGGAAAGAACAUCUAUGUAUGUUCAUUGAAACACACAGUAAAAUUCUGCAGAUAUUCGCUAAUCUUAUGAAUAUUUCAGUUCUUUUCAGUAUUGGAGUCAACUUCCUGAUUGACAUCAAAUUGUGCACUCUUCCCAUUUGACAUCCCACCAACUUAGCUCAUGGGUUAUGCAAUGAAUUGACAAUCAGCUUCAGCUUCUUGAUCAACGUUGAUAUGUAUUCUCAAUUUUCCCUAUUUUUGGAUUAUAAAUUUGUAGUUUGCAGUAUACAUGCUGAUAACACUAAACUUUUCUAUAGGUUACUGCAGAUUCUUCGCUGUCCAGUUGGGCCAUUCUUUUGAAUUGAGGAAAUGUUUUGUUAGAAGUUGAUAUGUAAAUAUUGGAAUGUAUCCACUAUCCAGUUGAUCUAUAUUCGAGGAGAAUUGGAGUGUAUGUGGUAGUUCCUUGGCAGAUCAUGUUGAGAUUCGGCUAUUUCGAGCAAUAAUCCGACAGAAAAAUGGUGGAAAUGUGUUAUAUCAUCUAAUUAAACACUAUUUACACCGCAUACCUCUAGACCUUCACCUUUACGUUAAAUCAAGACCACUUAGCGUAUAUGUAAUUGUGCUUUAAGUCGCUGCUACUAACACUUCGCUUAAUGCAUGGAGGUUUUGUUACGGAUCGCUUUUCUAUUCCCUUGGCUGGAUUAAUAGCCGGAGCUUCGGGUGUAGCUCCUUUAUAUUCGGUAGUAAGAGCGGCGGCUGCAGCAGCUGACUCGCUCACCCAAGAACGUCUCCAGUACUGGACUAGAUUCGAUCCGUAUUCGUUUUCAGCCGUCGCACCAGCCAAUCCAGCGGUCGCCGAUGGUCGUUUUUUCUGCCCCAAGUGUCCGCGAAGUUAUCGUAACAAGAAUCACUUGUAUAGGCAUAUUCGUUACGAGUGUGAUCGAAAGAAACAAUACAGAUGUGGUAUUUGCUUGAAGGAUUUCUAUAGAAGAGAUAAUCUCAAAACUCAUAUCAAUUAUAAGCACGCCGCUUUCCUCAGGAGUCUUAAAGCUGAGUCUAAAGCUUAACUUGGUCCGACCAUAAUAUUCCUAAAAAUAUGUAUGUUUUUAAGUUUAUUUUUGUUAAACCCUAAAAAUUUUGAAUCGAAGAGUGCAAUACUCGCCAACUUUCAUGUACUUCGAAAAUUUUUUAUUGUGUAAUAUUUUUAUUUAUACCUAUUCCGAACGAUAAAUUAUUUUUUAAGUUAAUCAUUAUACUGUAUGUGGAUUUCAUACAUUCCAAAUUUUUUUUUACAUAUGGCCUAUGGUAAGUUUAGGCUUGACUGAAUCAAGCACACAACACGUGGUGUGCAUUUACUCGAAUUUUUAUUCUGUGUUACGUAAUUUGCAACUUUUGAAAAAUGUUGAUUUUUUUAUUCUCAUUUAACGAAGGCGAUCGCCAAUCAAUUCCAUUUUGUUACUAAUUUUAUUUUAUUUUAAUUUUUUUUUCUUUAUCUUAUUGUUGCAAAUUAUAUUUUGUACAUUGGUUACCUACCUUAGAUAUUCUCUCGAUUUAAAAAAUGUUGUGCAAUAUUAACAUUUGUGCUUCCAAUGUGCAAUUUGAUUGUUGUUAGAGGUCGUUUAUUAAACGACGCGUUAAUAUUUUUUGUAAGUAAUUCUCGGGUUUUGGCAGGUUUUUUGUUUAAUUUAAUUUUUUUUCUUUUUUUUUUCAUUUACUAUGUUAAUCAUCACUUUAUACGUUAGACGUUAUAAUGUUAUGUAAUUUUGAUAUAAUUCGAGUUUAUUUUUCCUACAAACCAAAUUGUCUGAAAAUGAAAAUUAUUUCUUUGUGAGUUAAAAUCAAUCGAUUGUCAAUUAUAGACUGUGAUCCGUACAUUCCUUGUUACUACCUUUGCUCAUUAUUUUUUCGUUUUUUUUUUUUGGCAGCUGUUUUUUUAAAAAUUUACUUCAAAGAAGGUGCUUUUUGAAUCCAAUUCAAUAAUAGGUCUCAAUUGUUUUUUUUUUUAAGAAUUUUGUAUCAUUUUUUUUUCUAUUUUAUGGUUUAAAAUAUUCUUUUUUAUUAUAUUUUUCGUUGGUAGGUUUUAUUUUUAUAGUAUUAUUUUUAACGGGAGUAUUGUGAAGGUACUUAAUAUUUUAUUAUUAAAUGUGUAUUCAGGUU